CUACUGUUUUAGCCUAAUGUUAUUCUUGCACCACGUUCAGCCUUACGCUGCAAAACGCUUGCACCCUUCUUGCUUCACGUGUUCUGGACACUUUGCCUUUCCCGUGAAAGGCUCUCCUACUCUAAUUUAAUAGUGCAAUGGCAAUUAGUAGUUAUCGAAAAGGCAAACGUCCGAACGUAGAUUUGGGGACGCGUGGAGCUAGAGGAAUCCCUCGUCCUUCGUGGAGUGACGCUGCGUGAAAAGCACAGCGGCUACAGAUCGGUGUCCAUGGGAUCUGGGGCAUCGACCCAGGUCCAGCCUAAAUACAAGUGGGAGCAGGAUCACGUGCUACGAGGCCCCUGGACCUUUUUGUUCAAGGAGAAGGUGCAGUGCGCAUGCGAAGGCAGCAAAUGGUGCACACGCGAGAACCCCGCGCGCCAAAAGCAGCCCAACGCCAUCCCCGGCCUGCACAGCAGCUGGGUCGGGGAGCAUGUGCUGGCAAUGGCUCGUCCCUGGCAGGCCCAUGUGACGCAGUACGACAUGGUCGCAGCCUUCCAGCAGGCUCGCAUCGGCAUGAUACUCAACCUGCAGGAGACGGGCGAGCAUGCGCAUUGCGGGCCGGGCAACCUGCCGCACACGGGGUUCACGUACGACCCCGAGAGCUUCAUGGCGGGCGGGGUGGGGUACUACAACUUUGCAUGGCGGGACAUGGGGGUGCCUAAUCUGGAUCGCAUGAUGGAUAUCGUGCAGGUCAUGGAUUACGUCACGCGCGUGGAGGGUCGCAAAGUCGCCGUACACUGUCACGCCGGGCUGGGCCGUACAGGCCUCUCCAUCGCCUGUUUCUUCGUCUUUAGCGGCAUGUACGACAGUGCAGAGGAGGCGAUCCAGGUUGUACGGCAGCACCGGCCGGGUGCCGUACAAACCAGCAAGCAGGUGGCCUUUGUCAGCAUCUUUGGGCAGUACUUGCGCCACCUGCGCUGCCUCUUUCCCUCCUCACGUGGUACGACAGCUGACGGCGAGCUUUCUAGACAUACCAGCGGUGGCCUUGGCGGCGGCGGUGACCCCAGCAGCCGCAACAACAGCGGCGGCAAAGCAUCCGGAGAUGGUACGGCAAAAUCUCCGUCGCCUUCAACAGCAGGCUCGCCGGUGUUUGCACUUCCAACGGAGGGCCUCCUAGAGCAGAAAUCCACGGCCACGGCGCUGGUCGGCACUUACUCCACGGGCCUUACCAUAUCCAUACCUCUCAUACAGCCCACGCAAUCCUCACCCCUCCCCGCUGCCGCCGCCGGAGGCGAUGCCACAGCUGCCGCCGCCGCCGUCGCGGCAUCCGGCGACCCGUCCUGCAACGGCGGCGGCGCCCUAACGGACAGCGACCUAGGCCUGCAGACGCCGCUUCCCUGGAACGAUACCUUCCACAUCCAGCCGCAGCACGCGCGGGACUUCCGGCCGCGGCCUCCCAGGAGCUAUUCGGAGGCGCUGGCGCGGCAGGCGCGGCUGCUACAUGGGCCGGAGCGGCGGGCGCACCUGAGGUUGCACAAGCUUGUGACGGAAGCCGUGUUUGCAAUCAUGGCCGCCGCUCAGUCCUUCCAGCCGCCCGCACAGCCCAAAGCCUUCAUCAAAGUCGCCUCAUCCAACCUAGCAGCCGACGGCCCCGCUGCCGCCUCCGCCCCCGCAGCCCGAACCUCUGCCUCGGCGUUACCCUCCAUCCCUGAAAACCUCGUAGCAGCAGGCUUGGCGGGCAGCGGAGGUGGUGCCGUACAGCUGCCUCCCACGUUUGCGCAUGCCAUGGCGUUGUUGAUACGCAGCCACGGCCCGGCGCAUGUGGAGAGUGCGGCGCUGGAACCGCUGGCGUCUGACCCGGUGUACACGCCGCUGACAGGACCGCUGGUGCACUCCCGCGACGUGUUGGCGGCCGUGUCGGGGCUGCGGGAGGAGCUCAACUGCGGGCGUUACGAGGGGCUGGCUCGCGCGCCGCUGCUGGCGGUGUUGAUGCUGCUGGAGGGCUUCUUCGCGAACUUUGCGGGCGGUGCCGAGCCCUCCUCCCUCACCGAGGAGUGCCUGACCAUCGUCGCGAAGAGCUACCAGGACCUCUUCGACAGCCACGUCCCGGCUCCCCCCGGAUCCCGACGAGCCUCAGCAGCUGGCGAGGACGGAAUCAGCGGCGGUGGCGGCGGUGGCAACAGCAGCAGUAGUGUAGCCCCCGGCGGCAGCGAUGCCUCACUGGAGCUAGCUCGUCAAGCGUACGACACGCUGGAGCCGCUACAGCCUCGCGACUCCGAGUUGCUGCUGCUGUUUGCCUCCAUGAUGCGAGUGGUGGCGCGCGUGAGCGGUCCGGGGUGCGAGGAGGCGAUGGUGGAAGUGGGCAAGUGGGCGGUGGGGCUGCUGCUGGGGAAGCUGGCCAGCAUGCCCGAGGCGCAGGAGGCGGUGCUGUCCUUCCUCUGGUACCUAGCCGGCCGGGACGAAGCUUUCGCCAUGCUCGUCCUGCUCAAACGCCAGCGCAUGACGGGCAUCCUGCGAAAGGGCGGCGCCAGGCGGGGCGCUGCGGACGUCGCAGCCAUGCUGCAAGCAGCCGCCGUCUCACUCACUUCGGCGGCGCCGCCAGGCGCCGACGGCUGCGACCCAAGCGACGGCUGCGUCGCCGUCGGCUUGCCUGGUGAACUGCCUCGCUCCCCGGGCGCAACCCCCCCGCCCGGGUUAAUAUCCGCAUUCUCCUCCUCAACGGCACCCGAUCACGCGCUACCCGCAUGGGCUGUUGCCUCCCUGCCGCCAUCCAGCCGGGCUAGCGCCGUGUCGUCUGUUUGCAGCGCCGCCGCGGGUACGACGCCCGUAGCAGCGUACGGCGAAAGCUACAGCGGCAAGGAGGGCGCCGCGGGGGGGUUGUACCCGUCAUCAGUAGCUGCUGUGCCCACGCUGGCAAGUCCACCCUCUUUCCGGAAGGACCCAAACGGGUUGCCGGUCCACAGGACGGCCUCCUCCUCCUCCACGGGAGGCCUGAUGGACCCAAAGGACGUGCAAGGAGGGCUGCUGCCAGUAGCAGCGGCACAACAGCAGUUUGCUCAGCUCCUGGCGCAGGAUAUCCCGGCGAUGUACCGGGUUUCAUACCGGGAAGCGCUAGCGGGGAUCUCCUCCGUGGUCUAUCCGCCCCCGCCUUCCACGGGUCGGGUGGAGGUGCACGACGUGUGGCGGUGAUGCAUGCAUGGGACUGAGGGG